AUGAUUCAAGCAGUAUAUAAGGGCAACGCUUUGCGUACCAAUCUCGAUGUUCGAAUAAAAGAUGGCGUGGUCACAGAGCGCCCCGUAAGUGAACAGAGGACACAGGCAGGCACUGAUCCCGAGCAGGUGAGCCAUCAAAAUAGAGCCCUCAGCGAGCAGGACACUACAUCACCAGCCUCAGCUUACUCAAUAAGAGAUCAGAGAAUACGGAGAGGGGAGGGAGAAGCCCUCAGCGCAGAGGGGAUCGAUGACAUGUCCGUGCGCGCGUCGGCGGCGGAAGCGGAAGAAGCCACUUCUUCAAAGGGCAGCCCGGGGCGGCGAUUGGCCGUGGAUGCGCCAGCGCCGCCCUCGGUGGUGGCCGUUGCGCGGGAGCACGAGCCGCUGCGUCAGGGGUCGCAUCAGGCCGUCGCGGUCUCUUUUCCAAAUUCCCCGGUGCUCCCGGACCGCGCAGUGGAGCCCGUGCCAGCGACGACUGGGAUACUAAGCAAGACUCCACCUUCUCGAGCCGCCGAUGCUGGGCGAGGGGAUGGAUCCAAAGAAGUUGCGGCAGCUAGGAUACAGGCAGCGUAUCGGGGAAAGCGAUCGCGGGGUGGACGGCACCACCACGGUCGGAGGGCCCAGCAGCGCAGCCCGGAGGUUCACAUCGACCUCUCGUCUCCUCCAUUGGGGUCCAGAACUCCUGCAGGAGAGGCAGAUGCCAUGCUGUCCCCCAAGGCCUCGCCGGGGCAUAUGGCGUCCCCGCGGGCUGUGCACAUCGCAGAACCGAAUUCCCUGGAUCCGAGUGCGACCGACGCGGAGGAGGAAGGCACCAAGGAGCAGCGCAUGGCGGAGCAGCGCAUUCUCCGGGAUCGCAUGUGCACGGCGGGGUUUGAGACCCCCGCGUUUUCGCGACCCAGUUUCCGCAGAGCCAGUCCCAGCUUCUCGGCCCGUCGCGCGCCAAUCGGAUUAGCAGACCGGAAAAGUAGAGCCGAGCUCGGUAAAACCGCUCUGGGAAUACGACUGACGGCGGGACCGGUAUACUUCGUUUUUUUUUUCCCCUUAUGAUCGUUUCAAUUUUUCACUCGUUCUUUUGGAAGAAUAACAAUCUAGAAGAUAGAUGCUUUCCGGGCGGAAUCGUUUUGGUUGUCAUCUGCGUCUGCCUUCGAAAACUCGACCUUCGUAUAAUUUCGAUGUUGCCUUUAUUCGAGUAUGUGCUCCCCGCCCUGUGAUCCUGUGCUGCUCCUCAUGUCAUGAGAUUCUGACGCGAAAAGCACCAUGCUUCGUUCGCUAAGGGCCAAUUUGUAAAAAUCGCCACACGUCGAACAACUUGAUUUCUUAGGGGGAGCCGCAGUUCCUGACCGCCCAGGAGUACGCCGACCGCGACGGCAACCGGCCCUUCGUCAUCUACAAAAACACCUUGUUGCGGUACUUUUACUCGGCGGCGCGGUUCACGAGCACGAUCCUGCAGCCGCGGACCUGGAGGAUGAUGUGGCGGUUCUUGCACUCGCUAGCCGAGCUGGACCAGGAGGAGUUCGCGCGCCUCGCGAACCGUUCGGCGUCCACCGCGACGCCGGCCCGCCAGCUGCUCUCGGUGUACGACAUAAACGCGGGCGGCGCGAGCGGGGACGACGACAAACUCGACUUCUACGCCCCGCCGGAGUACGUGGAGCAGGACGCGGAGCAGCAGCUGGCCGGGCUGAUCCACCAGCUGACGGACAUGCCCUGGCGGUACUGCCUGGCCGUGGACAUCGGGGGGUCCCGCACCAAGUUCAAGUUCGUGGACACGAACACGGACGAGGUGUGCCACCUGGCCAAGAUGAACUCUCAGGACCUGUGGGAGACCUACGACCCCGCCAUCAGUCUGCGCGAAUACCUCAGCAAGCGCAUUUCCAGCGAGCAGCUGCGCGGGGUGGACCGCAUCAUCUUCAGCGUGCCGGGGACGAUCGACAUUUCGCAGGCCGUGCGCGCGGAGGAGAUGACGGUGGUAAAGAACAUGCCCGCGUUCUCCAGCACCUUCCGCGGCUUCGAUUUCAAGGCACGCUUCAAACCCUACUUCCCGCAGGCCAAGGUGUCCGCCGUCUGCGACAAUCUAGCCGCCGCCAUCGGCUGUGCCGCAAAGUAUCUGUUUUGUUUGCUAUAAUGAGGAUUUUUUUAUUUUGAAGCGGCGCGCAUAAGUCUUUCAUCGGGGGCCCGAGUAGUUCAUCGAUAAUCAAUGUAUUGUGCAUUUUGAUCAUGUCGGUGCUGUGUCUCGACGAAGAUGAUGUCGAGCCAUGUAGUGCUGUGUUUUGAUCUUUCUCUUCGUUUGCUCCUCUUUUCAGGUACCCCAACGUGACGCAAGGUCUGGUGCUUGUGCUAGGUACGGCUCCAGCCUGCGCCACUUUCAACCGCAAAGGCAACGAAGGGCUGGAAACCGGGAUGUGGCAGAGUUGGGUGUGGUUCACGAAAAUGUCCCUGAAAGACCCCUACGGGUACGCCGGCGGUGUGAAGAUCCAGGACAACGGGAAGAAGAUCGUGACCAAUCCUCCGGACUUUGUCAAGAUGCCCCACAAGCAGGCCAGGAUACGGUUCGCGCUCGACAACCGAACCUGGCUGCGUCUGCAGGGCAAAGAGCCCACGCUCCCCGCGCACCACCAAGGCAGUUUGUCCGUGGAGGAAGCGACGGUUAUUUGGGUCGAGCGGUUGAAGGGUGCCCUCCGUGCGUUGGCGCAGAAAUUUCACAGUUUCUACGGGCCGCCCGACGCCAUUUUUGUGCUGGGUGGGAACAGUUUGCAGGUGCACGGCAAGUUUGACGAGAUUCGGUACGACAACCCCGAGGUGCUGGAAAACGGGGUCGGGCGCCGGAGCAACCGGGGCGAGCACAAGACGUACGUGCCCGUCUUCACGUGCGCAACCGACGCGGAGCAGCAAGACACCACCAUGGUGGGGCUGUUGCAAAGUAGUCGCUUCAAAGUGAAGCAGGUGUACUCCUCGGGAUCGGACCCGCUCGACCGGGGAUGGACCCGCGGGGGGGAAAUCUACCACUGGGUGCUGCGGUCCUCGCCGCCGAAGACGUCCGGGCGAACCGGCUCGCAGGGCAGUGCCGCCGACGCCCGAGCCCGGGACGAGAUUCUGGCGGGCGGUGGUUCUGAGCACGACAACACGCUCAGCGCCGGCGUGCGGCACAGCCUCGCCCUCGCAGAGGCGGCGAGCGACGACCACGACCGGCUGCGCACCUCCAUGAUGAGACCAGAGGUCGAAACUGAGGAGGACACACUGUGACGCGCGAUCACCCUGUUGCGAUCUCCUGCCGGCUAUCGUGCUGUCUGGCCACGGUGACAUACACAACAUAUUGUUCUUGAACGACACGUAAAAAUGUUGUCCAUGACACGGAAAACUAU